CAGUCCAAUUCAUAUCAAUCAUGGCACGCGCCUUUCCAGGGCCAUUCGCUUUCUCUACUUCUCUCCUUCUUUUCUUCUUGUUUCCCUCUUUCUUCACUUCUUGCGCCUCCAGCAAUAUCGCACGAGCUGGUGACUGGCUAAUGGACCCUUUGCACUCUGCUAUCCACACUGCAACGUCUAAUCGUCUCUGAGCAUCACCUCAAUCAAUCCAUCAAUCAAUCGACAUCUCGUUCCACUGCCCCCCCCCACUCGCGCCCACUCUCCUAAAGACUCUUGAGUCUGAGCUGCUUGUCAAUAAACCAAUCAAGUCCACCUAAGCCGAGAUACUACUUGUCAAGCGCACAAUCGUCACAGUGGUUCCUGCUCCGGCGCCUUCACCAGCGGAAAGGAACUUGACUUUCCAAUUCAUUACGACGAGUGUGUAGCAAUUAAUCCAAUUGCGACCCAAUCUAUCCCCAAUUGGACUUCCAUUGAAAGCACGGGAAAAGAGUCCGUCAUUGAUGCUACCUAGUGCUGGUUUGUUACCGAGCCGAGACAAAGGCGACUCCUUUCUUUGCUUUGCUUUGCAUCCUCCAUCUUGAACUCUUCUCUUCAUGCUUAGCAUUGCUGCGCGCACAUAAUUGGGUGCUCUGCAUCUCCUCUGUUGCAAAUUCACGCAAGGUUUACUAUUGCUUUUAUUAUAAGAGUAUAAUCAUACUCUGACCCUUAAUUGUCGUUUUUGCCUUUUGCAUGCGCACACGCGCGCAAACUCUCUUCGCUCCUGUCUGGGUAUAUAUGUUGUGUGUUUUACCCAAGAGAGUAUUCUACCAUUGUUUUCCUCAAGCAGACCUCUUCAAACCAUUUCAGCUUGAAAUCUGCCUGUUUCCGCCCGCUGCGCCCCAGGCCAUCCAGUGAUCCCCGUCUUCAGCAGGCAUAUCUGCCACAUCAUCAAGCCAAGUCAAGCUCUCGGCCGACCCUCAAAAGUCGUCAGGUCGCGGCCAAACUAAUUGCCCAUUCGACUGGCUCGAGAGUCAUUGCUCUCAAAAGUCAUACGGUCUGGUACGGUGCCCGUCCCACAGAUCGAACAACCCGCGGCUCUAUUACUGUUUAUCGGAGCCUUGUAUCUUGCUUGGGAUUCUCUGUUGAGGCCCCAUUGCUUUGCACUGCACUCUCCCCUACUGAGUACUCUACCCUACCCAUUCGCCCAUAUCGACAAUCGCAUGUCGACUUGCAACAAUUGAAUUGCUGCACUGCACUUUCACAGUCAUCAUACGGUUGUCCCCCAAUUGAGUGUACCCCUGGCCCCGCCUGUUGAGUGCCCAGACACUCCUAUCACCCCAUACCCAUAUCAGCAUUGACAAUUACACCUACGUGCACUUACACACUCGAAUCACUCUGGGCUCAGCGUUCUCAUAAGAACUGCCCUUUCCACUUUAUCCCCCAUCAUUCUUCUCCCUUUUUAAAAGAAGGAAUCAUCUCUGUCACUCUUCAAUCCGUCUCGGAGGUAAACACAAUUCGUCACUAAACGCCGAAGCAAACUCCGCUGCCUUGGGUCGUUACAGUCCUGCGCUACAGCUCCUCACAUCUCACUCACAAGCACUAAGAGACUAGGAGGGUCUCGUCAGUCGAGAUCUCACACACACAUCACACCCCCCCUCCUUAUAACUCCGCCCCCCUCGCCCCCCCUCCAGUUUCGCCGCCCUGUUGCUGCCUACUAGGUACUCUGGUCUAGGCGCCCACCCAGUCACUGACAGCGCACUUACAUACACUUUUGGGUUGGGCAUACGCAAACAAAGUCGACAAGACUCAUUCGGGCUUAUUCAGGCCUUUCGUCAGAGCCUAUUAAUUGAGAGCCCCUCGCCCUUUUAGAUUGUUCUAAAAGGUCUCAACGGUUUCGCCACGCUCCCUAUUGUCCACGUCACAGCCAUUGUGACUGACUGAUUGCAUCUCGUGGCUGACAAACCACUUUCGCUUUAUCUGCGCCAUGCAACCUUCUACCACUUUCGACGACAAUAUAAUCUCGUCAGUCAAAUUGCAGACUGAACGAUCCUCGUCUCCUCUCCCCUCUAUUCAAUCUCUCUCUCUUCACUACUCACUAUCCGGUCCCUCAAACAACACAAACAACACCACAACAAUGGCGGCCAAUUCUCCUUACUCUGCGCAAGCGACAAGCGCAAUGCCUCCUCCAGCCCAUCCUGCCUCAAUUCCUUCCAGGAUGCAAAUCAACAGUCUGAUGUCGCCUCCAGACCAAGCACACGAUAGCUUCUACUACCACACCGGAAAGGUCGACUCCUCCUUCUCCUCCAGCAAGAACGCUUCAGGACAGACUCCAAUGUCUCCUCCCAUCUCGCCUUGCAACAGACCUAUGGCCACUACCGAGACACCAACAAACUCAACGGGUCGUGAUAUCGUUCUCUACCCAGAUGAUGCGUCUUCCAGUCCAGCCCAGACUCCUCUAUUCCCCCCAACCCUUGAGGGUCGUGACCAUAGUCGAACGAUUGAGGAACACAUACAAAAGAAUAUCAACGACAAGAUUUUUGUUGAGGUGCCACCACCGACACGCAACGACUAUGAGCUUGUGGCUUCGUUUCAGUCGCAACUCAACAUAGCUUACGCACAAAACCCAAAGGCAUGGAUGCUGUCAGUGACUAAGCAGGCUCGUGACGACAAUCAUCGCAUAGCUCAAGCCAAAGCACGCGCUCGUCCCUUGGCAGCCAAAGCUCCCCCCAAGAUAUCUCGGCCUCGCACCGACAAUAAUCGGGUUGCGAAACCUCCCGGGACCGGGCGGACUAUUCGCGUUCAACCUACCAACAGCCCUAGACGACCAACUCCUCAGUUCAGUGCCAAUGACAUCAACAUUACUGAGCCGAAACCUCGGGCUCAAGGUCCAGACAAAGAUUUUGCAUCACUGCAGGACUUCUGCCCAUCACCGAGCGUGGUUCCCGCGCAAAAGAACUGGUGGAAGGUUGAUUGGAAGGGGAACCCACUCGACAACAGCAACGACCCUCAUCGACAUCUUCUUUCCCCUGAAGAAAUAAUGCUGGCAAGCCUCCUGCGCCUUGACUGUGCGACAUACCUGACCAGCAAGAGACGCAUUUUCAUAGGCAGGCUCAAAAACUUUAGGAAAGGGAAAGGCUUCCGCAAGACCGAUGCCCAACAGGCUUGCAAGAUUGAUGUCAAUAAGGCCUCCAAGAUGUGGACUGCCUUUGACCAUGCCAAAUGGUUUAGGGAGUCACUCCUGGAGCCAUUUGAGGAUGCUAUCGUGGACUAGUGUCCUUCACAAAGGUGGACGCUUUCGAACUUCGUGGGCCACGGCGUAGCUUGUCCUUCAUUUGCCGCUUGUCUUCUGAGCAACGAAGCUUGUCACCUGAGUUACCUCAUUUCACUUCAUUUCAUUUUUCCUGCUGAACCCACAUGGUUGGGUCAGUAUAUAAGAGUCAAUCGGAAUUACGGCACAUUAACUUUUUUUUCUUUUGGGCGAUACACCAUAGCAUUAGGGAUUCUCAUCUUCACGAUACCCGGAGUGCAUAUAUACCUGACCCUGACCCCUUUGCGAUCACGUCACACCACUCCACAGUUUUCUUUUAUUUCAUUUUCUAUCAAGGAAUUCGGUCUUGUCCUGCCCACCCCUCCCCUCUGAAGUCACGUCAUCUUCGAGGUUGUCGAGGGCGAGAGAUUGUGGGCAGCGAGGUACAGCAUGGAAGGAUGUUUGGCGUUAUCGUGUAUGGCCCCUCCCAGCAGACUCGGCUGGGCUUUAGGGAGCUAUUUUAACUGGACUACCAGGAUGCAAGCGUUGUGCGCACAUGUGAUGGCUAGUCAUGGCCGUGGACUUGAAUAUUACUGGAUGAUUUCAGAGAUUGGAUUACGGUUGCCCUUUCGAAGGGACUAGUCUAGCUAGACAAUACCGAAAUGAAUUGUUUACUCAAGCACUUACUACACUGCCAUGUCUGUCUAUCGG